AUUCAAUACGCCAUCGUUUUGGCACUUAAAUUACUUACCAGGAAAAGUGGGGAAACGGCGCUAAACGCUCACAAACUGAACUGUUUUCAACCGUCAGCAACCGCUGGAGAAAUCGAACGGUCCAAAUUACACAGAAUGAAACGUGUCACAAACCCAAUACACUUGAUAAACAGCCCUUUUGAGAGAUGUCUGCACUCUCUUUUUCUCCAAAAGUGGCAAUGGUAAUCUAAUGGUCCUUCAAUUUCCCAAUCAUGGCAGCCAGAUUUCACUUCAUUCUCGUUUCACUCUUCACAUUCUUCUUCUUAGUUUCUGCUACGGAUGAAGUAACAGUGCCAAAGUUUGCUUUCAGUUGGUUGGAUGACAAAGACACAUUCCACGCUGGAGAUACUGCUACCAUCAAAAUCAAAGUUCUGGGAAAUUUUGAUAGCAAAGGAAAUGCUUCACUUGACAAAACUGCUUUUAAGCCUACACUUGAAGUGAAUGGGAAGACAGGGAAUAGUUCUUACAUAUCUGGUGUUCUAUUAGACACUGCUGGUGAUCCUAGUACUUGGCAAAUUGUUUUUACUCCAAUUCUUGCCGGGUUGUUUAAUUUGAUCAUCAAUGAUGACCCUUUCAAAGUCAUGGAUUCAUCUCUACAUUUCACUGUUGAGCCAGGGCCAAUGUACCCUUCUGCCAGUGUUGCAUCCUGGUUUGGCUUCCUGAAUGAAUUUGAAGCAGGUUCAAAGGCUCCACUAUUGAUUCUUCCCAAAGAUGCAUUUGGAAAUAACAUUACUUCAACCGACAAAGAACUGAAUUCUUAUAACAUCUUAGUGACUGCUCUCCAUGAAAAUGGUUCCAUUGCAAGUUUGCCAAAUAUCACUUACAUGGGUUGGAAUGAAUUUGGUUAUAUCAUUGUGGAGUUUAUAGCAGUGAAAGCAGGAAACUUCUUAUUGCAUAUAGAAGGGGGAAACCAAAUCUUGAAUGGUUCUCCAUUACCAUUCAAGGUAAAUCCAGGACCUUUAGAUGUCUCCAAUUGUCUGGCCAAAUGGAAAUUUGAGAUCAAUGCAUGGCAAAUCUUUUCUAAGAUGGAAAUACUUAUACACCAGCAAGAUCAAUAUGGGAACCUUGUCCCAGGCUUCUAUGAAUUUGAUGCUGAUGUUACGGAGAAGGAGACAAAUUUGUCUAUACCUGUAGCAGAUUUGCAGUUUGAAGAAGUAGAGCCAGGGAUUCAGCUGUUCUCUUUCACCAUGUCUGAACCAGGGAACUUCUUGCUGACUAUUUCUGAUAUGAAGCACAAUAAAAGCAUUUCUUAUAUGCCAUACGCUUAUACUGUCUUCGUAGGUUAUUGUGAUGGAUUCAUGAGUAUCGUCAAUGGGACCGGUUUAAAUAAUUCUGUUGCUGGGGAAAUGGCAGAGUUUUCGGUUUAUUUAAGUGAUGUUUUCCAAUAUCCCUCUCCAGUGGAAGUAGAAAGACUUCAAGUGGAAAUUAAAAGGGAAGUUGAUUCCACAUCUGUAUUGCCUACCAUAUAUCCUACACAGUUCAGUGAUGGUAUGUACAUGGAAUUUAUCAACCUUUUGUUUUUUUUUUUUGGUUCUCAAAAACAGCCUUCUGGUAGGUUGAAAGUUUGGGCCACUGCAUUUAAUGUCAUGUAUACUCCUGAAAAGAGUGGUAUCUAUAAAAUUCAUGUAUUCUGCGGAAAUAUGAUCCUAAAUGGUGGUACUCCAUUCACAAAGGAAGUAAAAGCAGGUGAGGUUAAUAUAUCACUCUCAGGAGUUGUGAAAUUUUCUCCCAAGGCACCAAAGCUUGUUAGAAAUGAAAUAAUUGUACAGCUGAUGGAUUCAUUUUCCAACCCUGUGCUUUCAGAACAGUCAAAGCUAAAUCUAGAGCUUACUUCAGCUAACUUGACAGGUUUCUCAAAUUGGAUGUUUGUGGAUAACAAUGAUGGUUCAUACACAGGUCACUAUCUUGCCAUGGAAGUGGGCACCUAUGAGAUGUGUGUAUCAUUUGAAGGAAAACAUUUCUUGCCCUGCCCUUUCGGGAUAAACGUGUAUGGAAGUGAAUAUUUUCCUACAGCAUAUGAUGACACAAUCUCUCUUUGGGAGGAUGAGUCAAUUUCUUUUGAUGUGUUAGAAAAUGACUACUUCACUGGUGGUGAUGCUAGUAUCGUCGAAUUCUCAAAACCAGGUCAUGGUUCACUUCUACAGUAUGGAAGGCUCUUUAGAUAUACACCUUAUAAAGAUUAUUUUGGGAAUGAUUCUUUUCUAUAUACAAUAUCUGACAUAAAUGGUGACCUUGCUACUGCUGCUGUCAACAUUUCUGUACUCACUAUCCCACCUCAGUUUGUUUCAUUUCCAAGUCGAUUGCAGGCAAUGGAAGAUCUGAUAAGUCCCAGAUUCAGUGGUUACAAUGGAUUUGAAAUAAAAUAUUCAGAUCCAAUUGACAAUAUCUCUGUCAUUCUUAGUGCAAAGUCUGGGACAAUAUUUCUUUCACCUAUGUCCCUGCAAUUUUGGCAGCCAAUAUGGAGUGAACUUUCUGUGAAUAAAGGGGAUGAGAAAGGAAAGAAUCUGACCAUAGAGGGACGUCUAGAAGCAAUCAAUUUCGCACUUCAAUCAAUUCAAUAUCUUGGAAACGCAAAUUUUUCUGGUAAUGAUACCCUUCGAGUUUCUGCCAGGAACAGAAACGGGGUAAAUGACUUGGAUGUUCUAGUUCAAGUGGAGCCCAUUAAUGAUCCGCCAUAUGUUAAUGUUCCUGAAUUCAUUAUGUUGAAGAGCACUCAGGAUGAAUCUUUGUUAUUUAACAAAGAAAACGAUAAGUUUCAGUUCUCCAUUGGAGAUCCAGAUGUUCUUAACUUCCCUGGAGGUGAGUCUAGUUUUCUUCUCUCAUAUUCAGUGGAAGUCAGUGAUGGUUUUUUGCUAGCAACUCUACCAGCUGCUCUUAUCGAUUCGACUGAACUGAAGUUUAAGAAUAGUUAUCAGUGGCAACCUCUUCAGACAUAUGUAACCAUCUCAAAACAUUUUACGGUCAAAGCCAUUGGAAUAAGAUUCCAAGCAUCACCUAAUGAUUGCAAUACUGUCAUGCAACAACUAGCCUACCAUGGAGGGGAACAUGGUGCUGCUUUAACAGUGAAAUUAAGCGAUUUAGGCCACUAUGGAUGUUAUUCAGGUUGUGCUGAAAGGAUAACGAAUCCUUUGGCCACUGAGGCUACUGUAAAUCUGAUCAGAAGAAGACCAAUGAGCUCAUUGGGAGUUCAUAGUCUUGGAUCAGCUAUAGUCAUUGAAUUCCUUUUGGUUCUUUCACUUGGAUUGAUGCUUCUAUUCUUCACUUGCAAAUGUGCAAUUCUUCUUGUAAAGGAGAAAAGGCGACAACAGAAUCCCAGAAAUCUUGAGCUGUCUACAAUGCAAAGUAUCCAGAAAGAAACUUUAAGUACAAAUUCAACUGAGGAUGAUGCUAUUCACUUCACAGGGUGUUGCUCAAGCCCCCUUCUUCAUGCACAGCAGCCACCUUCCACCUAGCCCUUUAAUACAUUAAUUAAUGUUUGACAUGUUUGUUGAUAUUAACAACAAAAUCUGGAUUAUCUUUCUUGCUCUGCUUGUAAAAUUGACUAAAUUCUUUUUAAUUCAAUGCUAAAUGCUUAUACUAUAUUACUACUUGUAAUUUUUUUUAAUAAAGGAUAAUUUUUAUGUAUGGGACACAAGGAUGUAAUGAGUCAAUUUAUCCAUAACUAUACUCGAAUUUGACUCGUUCAUUAUUGAACCGAACUCAAACUCAAGUUACUCCAAUAAAUGGCGCCUGCAGCAUCAUUACAGAAUCUCCUGAAACUUGGGACUAAAAUCAUGGCCGUUGGUCGCAACUAUGCCGCGCACACCAAAGAACUCGGCAACACCGUUCCCAAGUUAAAUUGUUUUACCAGGAACCAGUCUUGUUUUUAAAGCCGACAUCAUUGUAUUUGGAAAAUGGAGGAACAAUUGAGGUUCCACACCCUUUGAAUUCUUUAGAUCAUGAAGUUAAGCUUGCGGUUAUGAUUGGACAAAAAGCUCGUGAUGUGCCUGAAAACACUGCCAUGAAUCAUGUCGGAGGCUAUCCUUUGGCACUGGACAUGACUGCAAGGGAAAUCCAAUUUGCUGCAAGGUACAAAUUUGAUUCAUAUGAGUUCGCAUGUAUAUUUUUUAAAGCAUUAUUACUUCACAUGAGAACCUUGUUGCCUUUGGGUGUUCCCCAAUUCCAUUUUUUGUAGCUAUUUUACUCCUAUUAUUGGUGUGUUAACAAAUAAGAGUGGGAUCAACACAUUAGAUGAAGUAUGUAAGCAGUGGACAAACCAUUCAGCCUCGAUGAAACGUGAACAUUUGUUUGAAGUUCAUUCUAUAAUAAAGAGUAUUGAAAAGUGAAUUGUUUCGGGGGAAUGCAACAAAUAAGAGUGGGAUCAACACAUUAGAUGAAGUAUGUAAGCAGUGGACAAAUCAUUCAGCCUCGAUGAAACGUGAACAUUUGUUUGAAGUUCAUUCUAUAAUAAAGAGUAUUGAAAAGUGAAUUGUUUCGGGGGAAUGCAACAAUUAUCUUUUUGGAUGAUCGCAGCACCAUGUUGUUUGAGGAUCAAUGGAAGAAAAAGUGCUUAUAGGCUAAAUCAUCAACUUUAGUCAAAGAUCUUAAGUAUAUGGUCAUUUUUACUUCUUGAGAACAA